UGUUUUGCAAGAGCUAAAAUUAUACCCAGUGCUUGCACGGGUUACUAUCCUAGGUUAGUUUUAUAAUAGGACGAGCACGAACACUAGCCGUCUCGCUUUGUGCGCCGUCUCAAUUCGGAGCCCUAGCGCCAUCUCAAUUCGGCCGCAGGGAAGUCAUCUCGGGACAGAAGAAAACGGGCGAGAGAAAGAGAGAGAGAGAGAGAGAGAGAGAUUGGGAAACAUUUCCGAUCGGCGAGAAAGGAAAGGAUGGUGCGGGUGGCGACGUACUUCGCGAUGACCUUCGGUGCCUUCCUCUUCUGGCAGUCCAUGGACAGGCUCCACGUCUGGAUCGCCCUCCACCAGGACGAGAAGGUACUUCUCCCUCCCCCUCCCGCUCCCCCUCACCCUCACCCCCCCUCUCUCUCGCUUUUCUCUUUAUGUCCAAUUUCUCUCUUUCUUUGUUCCGGGCCUCGAUUUCUCCUCUCUCACUUUGGAUUGAUCGCGCUGGUUCUAGUCCUUUCUUGCACACGAUUUGCUGCUGAAUGAUGAUGAUGGUAUAUG